AUGAUUGCCAACGUCGCGUCCAAGCCCCGGAUCGGCGCCCAGGCCUCCAGGUCGCGCAAUGUGACCGUCCACGCCUUCAAGGCUCCUGCUGCUGUGGCCGCGGCUGCCACUGCGGUUGUCCUGAUGGCAGCGCCGUCGGCGGAGGCCAAGCUGCCCCCGGGCGUCUCCACCCCUGGGCCCUUCUCAUUCCCCGCCGAGCUCAAGGAGCGGCUCAGCAAGGCUUGGGGCUCCUUCGGCGGCGCCCCGGCCCCCGCGGUUGUUGACACCCCCACCCCGGCCCCCGAGGAGCCCGCUGUGAUCGCCCCCGCCGUCGAGGCGACCCCCGUUGUCGCUGCCGUCGAGGCGCCCGCCGCCAUCGAGGUCCCGGCUGUCGAGGCCCCCGCCGUUGUCGAGGCGCCUGCCGUGAUUGAGGCGCCCGCCGUUGUCGAGGCGCCCGCUGCCGUCGAGGCGCCCGCUGCCAUCGAGGUGACCGCUGCCGUCGAGGCGCCCGCCGCCGUUGAGGAGCCCGCGGCCGUUGAGACGCCGGCUGUCGAGGCCCCCGCCGCGCCCGCCGCCGCGGAUGAGCCGGAGCUCGUUGCUGAGGCGCCCGCCCAGCCCGAGAUCGUGGCUGUGGUCGAGAUUGUCGUCAUCCCUGAGCCGGAGGUUGUCGCCGUCGCCGCCGCCGAGCCCGAGGUUGUCGCCGUCGCCGUCGCCGAGCCCGAGGUUGUCGCCGUCGCCGUCGCCGAGCCCGAGGUUCUCGUUGCCUCCGAGCCGGAGGCCGCCGCCGAGCCGGUUGCCGUGGUUGCGGUCGCCGUCCCCGAGACUGUGGAGGACGCGGCGCCCGUGGAGGUGGCCGCCGUGGCCGAGGUGGCACUCGAGUAG